AUGUGUGGAUUAUUAUUGGCUUUGUGUUUUUCAUUAAAUCAUAAUGGAAUGAAAGUAUUGGAUGAAGAUGAAACGAUGAAAACUGAUUUCUUCGUUGAACAAGUUAUUACCGGGAGAGACGUUACUGCAAAUAGUCUAAUGGGUCGUUGGUUUGUAGAAUGGUUUACGGGUGGAUUAAAUUAUCAAAUCGAACAUCAUGUAA